UGUCCCUUGACAACACAGAGUCUCAGCCCUUCGAGUCGAAGGGUUGUAACCUGCUAACUUCACCUCCCUGGAAGCUACUGUUUUGGGCUCUUGUAUCUGCUUGAGUUAACUUCUCUUGUGGCUCUCUGCUGGUUUUCUCUGCGUAGCUGCUGCUGACGGAACUUGAAGAGUAAGACUUUCACUCUAGAGUCCCAAGAGCCAAAGCCUCGCAGAAGACAGCACAAUCUUUCUUACAAAACGGCUUUUCCUUGAGAGGUGUGUCAUCUAGCCUUUGGCAGCAGGACACCUGGCUUCCAGUCAAGUCCCCAUGGAGCCAGAAUCCAUAGAAAUCUGUCCUUAUAACCCUCACCACCGAAUUCCACUCAGCAGACUCCAGUACCACCUGGCAUCAUGCAGGAAGAAGAAUCCCAAGAAAGCCAAAAAGAUGGCUAGUUGUAAAUACAACGCCUGCCACGUGGUCCCCAUCAGGAAGCUGGCUGAACACGAAGCUACUUGUGUCAACAGAAGCUCCAUGGAGGAAGAGGACACUCUGAGCCCUCUGCACGUGAGUCUCCCACAGCCGCAGAACGAGGACCCGCUACAGGUCCCUUGGCUUUCCAACCCGGAUAUAUGGAAUGUUGACGGUGCCAACGGUCACCCAAUGUUCGUCCUUAAGAGUUUUGUUCCCCAAAAACUUGUUUGUGAAAGUGACACUCCAGAGUCACAGAGAGAGACCAACCCCCAGAAGAUCCUCAGACCCGGACCAGGAGGGCAAACCUCUAGCAGCGAGAAGAGGGCUCUCAAAUGCGUGGAUAGACACGAAUCUCAGAAUAAAAGCCUGCAAAGUAACCGGCCCUGCUCUUGAUUGUUUCAAACGGCU